GAGCUAUGGCUGUGGGUUCUGUACUGUCUUAACUUGUUCCCUCCAAAUAACACACACUCAUCUCUUUCUAUCUCUCUCUUCGUCUCUGUUCUUGAUUCUCACUCAUUAGAUAGAUACAUACACACUCGUAUGUAUGUUGAAAAACAGUCAAAAGGGGCAUUCCCACAUUGGCUUCUUUUGCCUUUUGUAUUGCCAAGCAAUUGUCCAUGUCUGCUGCGGCUGCUCCCCCUUCACGGAGCUCAGAAAUGGGGGAGGAAUCAUACUUUGAAUUUCUAGUUAUUAUUUGAUUGAUGCCCCUCUUUCUCUUUCUAUCUCAUCUUUUUACAAAAUUAGGGAACUGCCAUUGAUUUGCUCUCUCUUUUUUCUCUUUGUAUUCCUACAAGCAACUAUGAUGUCUGUUGGUAUUGGGGUUCUUGUAAAAGCCCCUUUUGUCUUCCUGUCCAAAAGGGCUACCUAGUUUUUAAUCACUCGCUUCAUUAAUUUCCUAUCAAAUGCCUUUUGCCUCUUUGCCCUUUCUUCGUGUAAUGUUGCCUCUGCUGCUACACUGAAUUCCAGUAGCCUAGGAGAAAAUUUCGCAAUUAAUUGGAGGAUUUCAUGGAAAUCGACCUGAAUCAUGAUUUGGGUGAGGAGGAGAAGGCUGCAUGUGUAGAUGGAGAGGAAUCUGAGAAAGGGGAAGCGUCUCCUCCUCAAUCCUCCAUGUAUUUGGAGCUCUGGCAUGCCUGUUCAGGUCCUCUCACAAGCCUACCCAAGAAGGGGAAUGUAGUUGUUUACUUUCCUCAAGGUCACAUGGAACAGGCUGCCUCUGCCUCACCUUUUCCACCCAUGGAGAUGCCUACUUUGGAUCUCCCUCCCCAGAUCUUUUGCAGGGUUUUGGAUGUUAAGCUACUUGCUAGCAAGGAAAAUGAUGAGGUGUAUACUCAGCUGCAUCUCCUUCCUUUGCCAGAGUUGGUAGGGGUGAAAUUGGAAGGCAAGGAGAAUGAAAAUUCGGGUUUCUCCGAGGACAGGAAUGGUGUGGUGCCUGCGAAAUCGACUUCCCAUAUGUUCUGCAAAACGCUUACUGCUUCUGAUACCAGUACUCAUGGGGGGUUCUCUGUUCCUCGAAGAGCUGCUGAAGAUUGCUUCCCACCUUUGGAUUAUAAAGAACAAAGGCCUUCCCAGGAGCUUAUAGCAAAAGACCUUCAUGGAGUCGAGUGGAAAUUCAGGCACAUUUACAGAGGCCAGCCAAGGAGGCAUUUGCUUACUACAGGAUGGAGCAUUUUCGUCAGCCAAAAGAAUCUUGUAUCGGGUGAUGCUGUUCUGUUUCUGAGGGGAGAAGGAGGUGAUCUGCAUCUGGGGAUUAGAAGAGCUGCUCGGCCAAUAAAUGGUCUUCCUGAUUCAAUCAUUAAAAAUCAGAGCUCUUAUCCUAACGUACUCGCUCCAGUAGCGAAUGCUUUGUCAACACAUAGCCCAUUUUCUGCAUUCUACAGCCCAAGAGAGGGUCACAAUGAUUUUAUUGUACCCUACGAGAAAUACGACAAGUGUAUGGCUAGUCAUAUACCUGCUGGUACAAGAUUCAAAAUGAGAUUUGAUUUUGACGACUCUCCGGAAAGAAGGUUGAGUGGAGUGGUGACUGGAGUCAGCGAUAUCGAUCCCUACAGAUGGCCAAACUCAAAAUGGAGAUGCCUAAUGGUCCGUUGGGACGAAGAUAUUAUGAAUAAUCACCGAGAACGUGUUUCUCCAUGGGACAUUGAUUUCUCAGGUAAUUAUACGCCUCUCAGCGUUCAGUCCUCACCUAGAAUGAAGAAACUGAGGUCGAGUCUGCAAGUGACCUCACUUGGCAACCCGAUUACCGGAAGGGGUGCUCUUUUCGACUUUGAGGAAUCCAUGAGAUCCUCCAAGGUCUUGCAAGGUCAAGAAAAUGUAGGUUUAGUAUCACCUCUCUACAGAAGUGAUCGGGUGACCGGCCACCUCGAUUUCGAAAAGCCGAAUUCUGCGCCAAACAGUAUGGAAAAGAUCAAAUACGGCGAGUUUAUAAGAAGCCACGCGCCCACCACUUUCACAGGCUAUUUGGAAUCCAAUUGGUUUCCUAAGGUCUUGCAAGGUCAAGAAAUUUGCUCGUUGAGGUCUCUAGCUGGAAAAGCUGAUCCGAACUUCGGGCUGGCGUGGUCGAAACCCGAACUCGGUUAUAAUGUUUAUAACAACCCACAUCAAAGACCGGUGUCAACCCCGUCACCAAGCUUCUAUCCACUAGCUUCCGAAGGUGCGAGAAACAUUACUAUUCCUCACAAGGGAAUAUUCCGAGCCGGUGCCGCACAAGGGCCUCUCGUGUUUUCAAGCUUUCCGUCUUAUCCGACUGGAAAUCAUGUUUUGUCGGGGGCUACAGCGGAUAUGAGUCGAGCGGCAAAUAUGGUGAACGAACCGAUAGCAAUGGAGAACUCGUUGACACCCCAAACAUCGGUGCUUCAUUUUAAAAGCGACGAUGAUUCGAAAGAGAAGGCGCCGACGUGUAAAUUAUUUGGAAUUUCGUUGAUGGACGAUCCGGGUGUGCUUGCAUUGCAGGGUUUGGGUAAGAGGAGCUGUACAAAGGUUCACAAACAAGGCAGCCUGGUUGGACGAGCCAUCGAUCUGUCGAGGCUGCACGGGUACGACGACCUGUUGGGUGAGCUCGAGAGGCUGUUUAGCAUGGAAGGUCUUUUGCGGGACCCGAACUAUGGAUGGCGCAUAUUGUACACUGAUAGCGAGAGCGACAUGAUGGUGGUUGGCGACGAUCCCUGGCGCGACUUUGUCGACGUGGUAACAAAGAUCCACAUAUACACGCAAGAGGAAGUCGAGAAAUUGAGCCUGGGGAUGAAUAGCGACGACACGAAGAGCUGUUUGGAGGAGGCGCCGCCUGCGCCGGAUGCCUCAUCUGUAGGACAGCCGGAGGAUUCAUCUCCGACUAGAGGUGGGAUGUAAGGAUUAUUUAUGGUAAUGAAAUAAAAUCAGUUAUGUUUAAGUUUGUGACUGCAAUUUGCUUUAUAUUAUUCCUAUUACUAUUAUGAUCAGAUCACUCCUGCUUUUAAGACUGUACUACGUAUGUAUGUGUAUGUAAGAGUUGGACUUCUUUUGUAUAGAUUAUGUGAUCUUUUUGCUGGCUAGCAUUGUUAUUUUUAUGUACUUUUUGUAUUUAAUAUAUUGUUUGUGUUAUUUUGUGA